AUGGGAUAAACCUAAUAAUCUCAAAUAGUAUACGCUAUACCGUUCGGCUCGAAAAAUCCUGGCGAAUCUCAUAUAUAUAAAAACGCAAAUACUUUCGAAUGCUUACAUUUUAAGCCUGAGAUACAUAUAAACACUUUAUAAGACGUAAUCGAAAGUGGUCACAAAUAAUUUGCAUAAUCAGAUUUUGUAGGAAGUUAUGAUAAAUAAACUGGAAAAUACUAAUAUGUUAAAUACAAUUAAGUCUAUAAUGAAGCAAAAGCUUUAGGAUCUGCAGUACAAUAAAUGAAAUUAUUCAAUGAAAUUCAUGAAUAUAAGGAUUUUAAAAUGAAGAUAAUAGGAAUAUAUUCUAAAAACAGAACAGAAUGGAAUGUUACAGAUAUGGCCUGUGUCCUUUAUGGGUAUACUACGGUACCUUUAUAUGAUACUUUUGGGUCUGAAUCAAUUUCUCAUGUACUCUAAAAUUCUUCUAUUAGUUCUUUAUUUUGCUCAUAAUAAUCAGCUGAAAUAAUACUUAAAACUGAAAAAUUACAUUUACUGAAAAAUCUUAUUCUUUAUGAUAAAAUUGAAGAAGCUUUAAUAGAAAAAAUAAAGUAAAAAGGACUCAAUUAUUAUGAUUACGAAUAAUUGAUUUGCACAGGAAAUGCAAAUAUCCUUCCUCUAGCAACUCUAAAGCCUGAUGAUAUAUUUACUUUUAGUUAUACAUCUGGAACAACUGGAUUACCUAAAGGAGCAAUGUUGUCUCAUAAAAAUUUAGUAGCUGCAUUAUCAAAUUUUAAAUUAGGUUAACUUAAAUUCCAUUAAAAUGAUGUUUAAAUGUGUUAUUUACCGCUUGCACAUAUCAUGUAAAGAGGUUUAAAUAUUGGUUCUUGGUAUACAGGUAUGAAAAUAGCCUUUUUCGGAGGAAAUAUUCAAAAAUUAAAAGAAGACUUUUAGGUGAUUCGCCCUACUGUAUUCGUUUCUGUACCAAGAUUAUUUAACAGAUUUUAUGAUUUAAUUUAGGAAUAAUUCAAAUAAUAAACAGGAUUUGCAAAUAAAUUAAUUGAAAAUGGAAUAAAUACUAAAUUGGAAAACUUAAAAAAUACAAAUAGUUUAAAACACUAUUUAUACGACACUUUAGUAUUUAACAAAAUAAAAAAUAUCUUUGGAGGAAGAAUAAAAAUAUGUAUUACAGCCUCUGCCCCAUUAUCUAAAGUAGUUUUAGAUUUCUUCAAAAUUGCUCUUGGUGCGCCUUUUCUUGAAAUUUAUGGAUAAACAGAAGGUACUGGUUUCGAAUUUAUAACAUAGAUUGAAGAUAAAGAAUCAGGACAUGUAGGAGGUGUGUGUAAUUCUUUAGAAUUAAAAUUAGUCGAUGUCCCUGAUAUGAAUUAUUUUUCUACAGAUAAAGAUGAAUAAGGAAAUGCUACACCCAGAGGUGAAAUUUGUGUUAGAGGACCUACUGUUUUUGCAGGAUAUUAUAAAGAUGAAGAAAAAACAAAGGAAACUAUUGAUGAUGAUGGAUGGCUUCAUUCAGGUGAUGUUGGAUAAAUUUUACCUAAUGGGGCUUUGAAAAUUAUUGAUAGAAAGAAAAACAUAUUCAAAUUAAGUCAAGGUGAAUAUGUUGCUCCUGAAAAAGUAGAAAAUAUUUAUUAAAGAGCUAGAGGAGUUGCUGAAAUUUUUGUUUAUGGUGAUUCUUUGUAAAAUUAUUGUGUGGCUAUUAUCGUUCCUAACCCUGAUGAAAUUAAAAAAAUCGCAAAAGAACUAAAUAUCUAGAGUGAUGAUGUCAAUACUUUAUGCGCAAAUGAAUAAAUGAUUAAUUUUUAUUAAAAAAGCAUAUUUGAUUAGGGAAAAAAAGAAGGUCUAGCUACUUUUGAAUAAGCUAUUAAAGUUUAUUUAGAACCAGUUUCUAUGCUUAUUCAUGAAUGUUUAACCAGCAGUUUUAAACUUCAAAGAAAUAAAGCAAAGAUACAUUUUAAAAAUGUUAUUUAAUAAUUAUAUUCAAAGAAAUGA